AUGGCCGACGAAAUUAGCAGGUCCGCCCAACGAGAAACCUCCGCUGCUUCUUCUACUGCUGCUGUUGCUGCAGAAAAUGCAAAAUUAAAAUCAAAAUCCAUCUGGCCUUCUGUCCUCCGUUGGAUCCCCACCUCCACCGAUAAGAUCAUUGCCGCCGAGAAGCGCCUCCUCUCUCUUGUCAAGACCCCUUACGUUCAAGAACGGGUGAAUAUAGGAUCUGGACCGCCUGGCUCCAAAGUGAGGUGGUUUCGAUCUGAAAGCAAUGAAGAAAGGUGUAUCAACACGGUUUCAUUUGACAGCAAAGAGGGUUCUCCUACUCUUGUGAUGAUUCACGGAUAUGGUGCUUCUCAAGGUUUCUUCUUUAGAAAUUUUGAUGCCCUCGCCAGUCGGUUCAGGGUCAUUGCCAUUGAUCAACUUGGUUGGGGCGGUUCAAGCAGGCCUGAUUUUACAUGCAAAAGCACUGAAGAAACUGAAGCAUGGUUCAUUGAUUCUUUUGAAGAAUGGCGAAAAGCCAAGAACCUCAGCAACUUUAUAUUACUUGGGCAUUCAUUUGGUGGGUACAUUGCAUCUAAGUAUGCUUUGAAGCAUCCCGAGCACGUUCAGCAUUUGAUUUUGGUGGGGCCUGCUGGGUUUUCAUCCGAGUCAGACACAAAAUUUCAGUGGGUUACCCAGUUCAAAGCAACAUGGAAAGGAGCAAUUUUCAACCAUUUGUGGGAGUCUAAUUUUACUCCUCAGAAGUUAGUCAGAGGGUUAGGGCCCUUGGGUCCAAAUCUUGUUCGGAGUUACACCAGUACUAGAUUCGGUUCUUAUUCAACAGGGACCACGCUUACUGAAGAGGAAUCCGGACUGUUAACAGAUUAUGUAUACCAUACUUUAGCAGCCAAAGCUAGUGGGGAGCUGUGCUUAAAGUAUAUAUUUUCUUUUGGAGCGUUUGCUAGGAGUCCCCUUAUUCACAGUGCACCAGAUUGGAAAGUGCCAACUACUUUCAUUUAUGGCUAUCUAGACUGGAUGAACUACCAAGGGGCUCAAGAAGCUGGCAAGCAUAUGAAGGUUCCGUGUGAGAUAAUUAGGGUUCCUGAGGCUGGGCACUUCGUAUUCAUAGACCAACCGGAUCGUUUCCAUUCAGCUGUUUUGUAUGCUUGCCGAAGAUUUCUUUCUCCUGACCCUGACGUUGAAUCGUUACCUGAAGGUUUGACAUCUGCCUGA